GCCUAAAGCCUUCGGACGUAGGUCACCUCAAACAGGGAUCUCGGAGUCUGGCGAGGACUAGAUGUGAUGAAAUUCCUGACCACGGUCAGCGCUCAGAGAGCGCUAGUUAUCACUCUCCCGGUCAAGAGGGUCGAGAGCAGGGUUAACCGAGGAAGCCUCCGAGUUUGGCUUCCCAGAGUCCCAUUGCGCGGAAGCUGCCCGCACCGGACCAGUGUCACAGGUGGGAGAAGGCCCAUAGCCCUCUCUGUGGGAGCCUGCAGCAGCUUCGGAUGUGGGGGCAGCGGUGAGAAGGCCAAGCUCUCUCUGCAGGAUGUGGCUGAGCUGCUUCGGACCAGAGCCUGCAGGAGGGUCGUGGUCAUGGUGGGAGCUGGCAUCAGCACACCCAGUGGCAUCCCAGACUUCAGAUCCCCAGGGAGUGGCCUGUACAGCAACCUGCAGCAGUAUAACAUCCCAUACCCAGAGGCCAUUUUUGAACUUGACUUUUUCUUUCACAAUCCCAAGCCGUUUUUCACACUGGCCAAGGAGCUGUACCCUGGGCACUAUAAGCCUAAUGUCACCCACUACUUCCUUCGACUGCUCCACGACAAGGAGCUGCUGCUGCGGCUCUACACACAGAACAUUGAUGGGCUUGAGAGAGUGUCUGGUAUCCCUCCAUCAAAGCUGGUUGAAGCUCAUGGGACCUUUGCGUCAGCUACGUGCACAGUCUGUCGAAGGUCCUUCCCAGGGGAGGACUUCUGGGCCGAUGUGAUGGCAGACAGGGUGCCCCACUGCUCUGUCUGUACUGGCGUUGUGAAACCUGACAUUGUGUUCUUUGGGGAGCCGCUGCCUGCAAGGUUCUUACUACAUGUGGCCGAUUUCCCCAUGGCAGAUCUGCUACUCAUUCUUGGGACCUCCCUGGAGGUAGAGCCUUUUGCUAGCUUGUCUGAAGCAGUACAGAAGUCAGUGCCCCGACUGCUCAUCAACCGAGACUUGGUGGGUCCCUUUGCUUGGAGUCCUCGCAGCAAGGAUGUGGCCCAGCUGGGCGACGUGGUUGAGAGUGUGGAAAGGCUGGUGGGCCUCCUGGGCUGGACACAAGAGCUGCAGGACCUCAUCCAGCGGGAGACUGGAAAGCUGGAUGGACAGGACAGAUAAAACUAUUGUCACCUGCGGGAAAGUCACACAGGAGGUCCUCUCCAGGGAGACAUGCCUGAAAACAGCUCGGACACAUUUACAAAUCUGGGCCAAACCACGUGUGACCUGGGUAACGGUCUUCUGAAGCUGCUUCGGAAAGACUGCCCAGGAUGUUUACCCUGGGGCCAUGCCAUCACACUGCAGAGGAGCUCCGUGUGUCCCACCACUGCUGAAGCCUGCAAUGUAGAGUGCACCUUUCUGGCAGUGGGCAGCAUGGCAUGUCCAUCCAUUGCCAGACCAGGGAUAGACAUACUAGGGUAAUCUAGCAUGCCCUUCUCUACAGAGGCAUCUUUAACAAACAAGCAAAAAAAAAAAAAAAAAAUUAUUUCUCGCAUGAAAUAAAUUUUAGUAUAAAA